AUGAGUGUCGCUCCAAUGCUCCUAUACUAUCGAUGCCCUGCCGAUUUGGCUGUUCCUUAUCAACGUUACAGUUCCGCUGCAUAUCCUUCCGUCAGUCUCUAUGACUCCGAUAACGAGCCUCUUUUACCCCGUCCCAAUCGUCUUUCCGCCCUUUCAACUGCUCCCUAUCCUUCACACACCUAUUCCCAACAUAUGUAUGCCGCUCCAUCCUUUCACAACGCCCCUGUAAGCGAAGAUUCCAUCAUUCCCGCAAUCGUCAUCGAUGUAAUUCCAGCCGAACGGCGUUACUCGUCUGGCUCAGAUGGUAGCCCAAAUGAUACCAUCCGACCAAGAAGUAAAACGGGACUAGUUUCCAGACUUGUGAAAAAGAAGAAAGACAAGGCAAAAAAUGCUGGGAAUGAAAAGGAAAAAAGGUUAACGAAGGUGAUCUAUAUGCCCAGGAGGGAAUAUCUCAAACAUUUUGCCCGAGGUCAGAGUGGUGAAUACAUAGGCACCGAACCUCAUCGUCGCUGGACAGAAGAAGAACUAGAACAAACAUUCGGAAGAUUCAGACCACCUGCUAGGAGAAAUAGUGGAAUGUUCUGGGCACGGGGUUAG